CUGGUGGUGCAGAGAGUGUAAUGGCGGAAUCGCUGUGAUUCGCUCUCGGGGAGGGACUCAGUGCGUCUGUUUCGGGAGGAAAACAAACAAAUCUUGUUUGAUUAUUAUUGUUUGCUUCUUCCUUUCACUCUAUGGCGUCAGCCGGGACGGACCUGAUCGGGAAGCGGUUGCUUUGCCUCUUCGGGGAUUCGGCGCCUGCUCGGGCCGGGCAGCAGCCCCUGUCCCUCGAGGAGAGGGACUGGCACGCCGGCCUGAUCCGGGCCGUCAUCCUGGGGCCGGCCCUGACGUUGUAUGUUGAAUUUGAUGACUCCCGGUGGAAAAAGCAAGCUUGGGUGAAGGUAUCUGCUGAAGAUGUGCUGGUUUUCCUCAUUGAACAUACUCUGGCAUGGGCUCCCAGGAAGGAGCCAAUAAUCUUACCAGGAGAAAGGAUUAAUGUGAGCCAGUGGCCUGCGCUGACCUAUAAAGCAGUGGUAGAUAAAAUUGGAUUGGGCUCCAUCGUUCCAAUUGAAUUUCUUGUGGACCGAGUACAGAAUUUUGUUACUGAGAGCAGUGCCAUUCAGCUCUUUAAGGAGGAUUCUGACAGCCAGAAUCAUAUUCUCCAGGAUAACCUGAAGCUCCAAGAAGCAGUGACAUCUUGGAUCAGAGAGAAGCAAAUGCAAGAAAUAUUUAGAGGACCAUACAGUUUACAAGGGUCCCGGGUGCAGAUUUAUCAACCGGAUUCUUCUGAAAAGUGGAUCUUAGCUGUUGUCGGACAUCAUGACCCCACCACACACACCAUGGUGGUGACCACAGAACAGGAGCAGGAGACACAAACUGUUGAUCCUACACAGGUUUAUAUCACAUUUGUGGAUGAUGCACUCCAGUCACUGAAAGGUGAACUGUCCGGAUUGUUAUCAAAGAAGAAAAUAACAAAUGAAAGCAACAUAGCAACGACAUCUCAGCACUCAAAAGCCCGUCGCAAGAAAGGAGCUGAGGGCAGCCCGCCUCAUAAUUCAGCUAAAGAAAUUCAGGACAAGGAUAAAGCUAAGGACAGUCGCAGGAGAAAAAAUGUCUCUGGUGGUGAGAAUGAACCUGUUCAAAAGAAGGGGAAAGUGGCUGAGGAAAUGGAGCUAGACAACGGAGCUUGUUUACUGGGCACCGGAGGCAAUGGCCUUAGUCUGCCGAAGAGUGAGCAUCCUGGUGUGGAGCCUGCUCAGAACCAAGCAUCUCCAGGAAACUCAGACUCUCUGAGAAUUGGGGACUUGACCUGGGGAAAUGCUGACAGUUCUUUAGAUAGAUCCUGCUUUUUACCUCCACAGCAUGCCAGCUUACGCUAUGCCACCUAUACCAAAGAGAAUGGGAGAACCUUGGUUGUCCAAGACCAGCCAAUAAGUGGGCAGCCUUUUGUGCCGAUUGUUGCUGCUGUCUCCAGGCCGAGUGGAGUGGCAUUUUCCAGUGUGGAGUCUCUGCAGCUUCAGAACAGGCCAGCUUUACCAGCUUCUGAAUUUAGCAAAGCUGCAGAAGGAUCAGCCCUGGAGCAUGCAAAUCCUGUCCAAGAUUCUACAGCUUCAGAAAUGCCAGCAUAUUUAGAUGUUAAGUCACCUGACCAGGGAAUGAAAGAGAACUUUACUGUUAAUUCAGCACCUCAUCAGAAGAUCCAGAAUGCAGUACCUGAACAGCAUACCGAAAACUCUCAGCUUACUUCAGGGGCCCUGGAUUCCUUCCAGGACCCCACGAAAACCACUUUGAGAGUUUUUGACUCAAAACCUCCGUCUUUUGUAAACCCCAGUGAAACACACAGCCUUGAUGGAAGCAGAAACGUAUGGAAACCUGCCUCACCUAGUUCUGGAGUGGAGAAGUCUUUGAGCAGUUCUUCUUUGCUAGGGACCUUAAAAAGCCUGACACAACCAGCGUGUGAAACUGCUAAAGGAGAAUCACUGAAGACGUGGUUUGGAGAUCCUUCCCAAACUUCAAAAGAGGGAGCCUUAACUGGAGGCAGUGGAUCUCAGUUCGGACCCCUUUCUGCAUUGGAUGGGAAUCUAGUUCAGAAGGAAGAGCCCCAGAAAAAUGGUAACGAAGGAACAAAUGGAACGUAUGUCCAAGAAAGCAAGGCUUUUGGGUUUGGAUUUGGCAGGAAGGCCACUGAUGAAACUGGGAAUACAAUCGGCAAAAUACCCUCCACUGAUUCAAUUAGCCUGUCCAAAAACUUGUUUUUCCAGUGCAUGCCACAAAGUGUUCCACAGAGCAACUACUUCACAGCAAUUUCUGAAAGUCUCUCCAAUGACCCUCUAAGCUUCAACUCCUUUAAGGUGGCUUCCAGUGUCCCUGGCCAAAAGGGGAGCCUGACUCCGGCAGUUGGUAUUAGUGCUGUUGGGAUGGAUGCAGGAAGUAAACGGGAGCAAGAUACCGAGAGAAAGAAUGCUCUUGGAGUUACUUUUACUGAAGCCAUGCCAACCUUGACUCCAGCCUUUUCAAGCCGUGGAUCAAGUCUUCAGUCUCUUCAGUCAGUUCAACCUCCAGAUCUAUCAAAGGAGGAAACACCAUCCCUUCUGUCAGGGAAUCCAUUCCUUGGGUUCCCAGACCUAAAGGGAAAUGGAGAUAAUUUGUCCAUGAAUAAGCCACAUUCAGGUUCUUUCAGAAGCGACUUAUUACGACCUGCAGCCUCAACUCCAGCAUCAGUGAUUGUACGACCCCCGUUGUUGACCAACUGGAAGAAGUCUGAUAAAACGCUUCCAGACGCUAGGAGCAAAAGUGAUCUUCCAAAGACCUUUAAGUCUCCAUUCUCCUCUUCUCUUCCUUCUCAAAAAAUAAAUCCUUUGGGAAAUACUAGACCAGACUCUCCAGAAACCACAUUUGCACCAACCAAUAUGGAGAUGCCAACCUUAUCCUCUAGCCCAACUGAAGACCGAGUUUCAGGGACACCUGCAACCCCUAUUUCUGGUGCUGUUACUCCAGAUAAUCCGCUCCUCCAAGCUUUUUCGGGCACCUCCCAAUCUAGCAGGCAACAGCAACCUCAGUUUCCCACCAAUCUGGCAGACAAUGGCCUUGAUGGAUCAUCAAGCCAGCAGUCCCAGUUUGACCAGAGGCAAUUUUUAUUGGAUGAAAGAAGCUUGGCUGUGAAGCAGGACUCCGACUCUGCUUCAGACAGUGAUUUAUCAGACCUCAGUGAUUCUGAGGUACAGAUGCGUUUGCAGUCUAAGACGGGUUUGAAAGGUUACCUGGGUUACCUGCACGAAAGGAGAGAGCGAAAUGGAGAAGGAAACAAAGAGUUGUUGCUGGGGAAGGGACGGGGGCGUGGGAGAGGACGGCCUCGAGGCAGGCCACCAAAAAUUGUUGUUGCUGUUGACCAGUCUGUUUUGAAAGAUGUGUGUAAAGUGAAGAAACUCAAACAGUCUGGAGAAUCUUUCCUGCAAGAUGGCUCAUGUAUAAACGUUGCCCCACACCUGCAUAAAUGCCGUGAGUGCCGUUUGGUGCGCUACCGAAAGUUUAAGGAUCAUGAUGAAUCUACUGUUUCUUGCCGCUUUUUCCACUUUAGGAAGCUAGCGUUUACACGGACUGGUGUUCUCCGUGUGGGUGGUUUUCUGAACCCUAAGCAGUGUGAUACUGAAGCCUUGAGUUUGUGGAUCCCUUCACGAACACCCGCCGAAGGUCUUGACCUUGAAACAUCCAAGUACAUUCUGGCAAACGUCGGAGACCAGUUCUGUCAGCUCGUCAUGUCGGAGAAAGAAGCUAUGCAACUCGUGGAACCACACCAACAACUGGCAUGGAAACGUGCUGUACGUGGUAUACGAGAAAUGUGUGAUGCGUGCGAAACAACACUCUUUAAUAUCCAUUGGGUUUGCCGCAAAUGUGGCUUUGGUGUCUGCCUCGACUGCUACAGGAUGAGGAAGAGUCGGCCACCAAUAGUGGAUGAUGGGAAUUCUGAAGAUGAGGUAUUCUCCUGGCUGAAAUGUGCUAAAGGACAGGCCCAUGAGCCAGAGAAUCUAAUGCCAACUCAAAUUAUUCCCAGCACUGCUCUAUAUGAUAUUGGAGAUAUGGUCCAUGCAACAAGAGGCAAGUGGGGUAUUAAAGCGAACUGCCCAUGCAUUAGCAAACAGCUCAAGCCACUGCCAAAACCAGCAGCACCAAAUGGAGUAUCGCAGCUCUCAAGUUGUCUUCCAAAUCCCACUAGCACGAUUGCAGCAAGCGAAGGCUCUAUAAGCAGCGCAGGCUCCAUGAAUCUGUCUCACCCAAGUGGCAGUACACUGGAGGUGAAGCCAGAGCCAGCAGACAGCAGCGGUGAGACUGGUGAAGACUGUAACGUGAACAUGAGUGGGAGUAGUAUCAAUAACGUAAGCUUUACCACUGAUGAUGAUACGGUCUCCACCACUUCCAGCUUGAAGGAUGGCACACUGAGUUCAGCAGACACCACAUCUGCAUUACACUGGUUGGCAGACCUGGCCACUCAGAAAGCAAAGGAGGAAAAGAAAGAAAGCAAUAGUUUCUCAUUAAGAUCUGUCCUGAGCCAAAGUCAAGAAUCAAGGCCUCCCUUGGCACUGGACUCAUUCAAUAUUUUGUCCAAACCUCCUUCUAUCUUAGAGCCCUUCAGCAGCCUCUUAUCAGGAGGCCCCUCUACCACCAAGAUAGAAGGUUCAAGCCUUAGAGAUCUACUAAACUCUGCCCCAGGAAAGUUACAACGAGGGACUGCGGACACCACUCUGCCAUUUCCAUCAGUUUUUACACCUGUAUCAAAGGCUGAUAAAGGCAAGGGUGGCCUACCAAACUUCCUGGAUCAUAUAAUUGCGUCAGUGGUAGAGAACAAAAUGUCUAGUGACACAGCAAAGCGGAGUGGGAACUCCACAGAGCCACUGAGAGAGAGCAAGAAGCAAGGUGUGAUGGAGAUGAGCGUUCUGGACCCCAAUACCCAACACUGCUGGCUCUGUGAUGGCCGUCUGCUCUGCCUGCAGGACCCCAGCAACAAGAACAACUGGAAGAUCUUCAGGGAAUGCUGGAAACAGGGACAGCCCGUAUUGGUCUCUGGUGUCCAUAAGAAGCUGAACACAGCGCUUUGGAAACCGGAAGCUUUCAGCCGAGAAUUUGGGGACCAGGAGGUUGAUUUGGUCAAUUGCAGAAAUUGCGCUAUCAUCUCUGAUGUUAAAGUCCGGGACUUUUGGGAUGGCUUUGAAGUAAUUUCAAAACGUUUGAAGUCUGAAGAAGGACAGCCAAUGGUUUUGAAACUCAAAGACUGGCCUCCAGGUGAAGACUUCAGGGACAUGAUGCCAACCAGGUUUGAUGACUUGAUGAACAAUCUCCCCCUACCUGAAUACACAAAAAGAAAUGGGAGGUUAAAUCUGGCCUCAAGGCUACCAAACUACUUUGUACGUCCUGAUCUGGGACCAAAGAUGUACAAUGCCUAUGGUUUGAUUACAACAGAAGAUCGAAAAGUUGGAACAACCAAUCUCCAUCUAGAUGUGUCUGAUGCAGUUAACGUGAUGGUUUACGUUGGCGUACCAAUAGGAGAAAACAAUCAUGAAGAUGAUACAGAUGUCAGUGGAGUAACAGAGGUGAUGAAGACCAUUGAAGAAGGUGAUGUAGAUGACGUGACAAAAAAAAGAAUUCACAAAAGUAAAGAAAAGCCUGGUGCACUCUGGCACAUCUAUGCAGCGAAGGAUGCUGAGAAGAUCCGAGAGCUGCUUAGAAAGGUGUCCGAAGAGCAAGGUCAAGAUAACCCGCCAGACCAUGACCCAAUUCAUGACCAGAGCUGGUAUCUGGACCAGACCCUGAGGAAACGUCUGUAUGAGGAGUAUAGCGUGCAGGGCUGGGCCAUUGUACAGUUCCUGGGAGAUGCAGUGUUCAUCCCAGCAGGAGCACCACACCAGGUUCACAAUCUGUACAGCUGUAUCAAAGUAGCGGAAGACUUUGUUUCUCCAGAACACGUCAAACAUUGCUUCCGCCUUACUCAGGAAUUUCGGCACCUCUCAAAUACUCACACCAACCAUGAAGAUAAAUUGCAGGUGAAGAACAUUAUUUACCACGCUGUGAAAGAUGCGGUCGGAACGCUGAAGGCUGAAGAACCCAAACUGGGAAAGUCAUAAAGGCGUCUGUAUAGGAGAUCUGAGAUGUGGAGGAACUGUUCUGUAACAUAAGUACAUGUGAUUAAAAACCCAGAGGCUGCUUCGAUGGGAGAUAACUGAGCCGUUUGAUAAGAGUUCAGUGCUGCAGUAUCACAGUGGAAUGUAGAAUUUGAAACUGUUUUUGCUGUGUUGUACAGCACAUUGUAGAAGCAGAGGAUUUGGGAGAGUGCCACAUCUAGUUAGUUUCACACUGAGUUAGUGAUUAUAUUUUUUAAAAAAUUGGUAAGUCCCUCUUCCCUUAAUUUUUCAUAUUCAUUCAAAGCGCUAGGAUAGUGAGCUAUCCUGUAGAAGUAGCAAAGCCCAUGUUUAUAUACUGCAGUCUAUUCCUAGAAUAAGAAGCAAGUCUUUUUGUUGGCUCACAUUAGAAUAUAGGCAUAGAUUUGUAGUCCAUGUAGCACUAAUCCUGUCGAACAGCUGGAUGAAGACAAAAAUGUCUCCCAGUCCCAUUUCUAAUGGUGAAGACUUGCAGUCUUUGACUGCUGGUAAGUGGGACAAAUGGCCUUUUGAGAUUUUGCUUUCCAUUGACUGCAAACAUGACCCCACUGUGUCUAAGCAUUUUCGAAGAUUAUUUUUUUAAAAGGCAUUUUCAACAUUCCAGAUUUUUGAGAUUCAGGCUGAUUUCGGUAUAGGAUCUCACUAACAUACUGCGUGACAAAUGGCUGAAUCGAAAUCGAGAUCCAGCUAGCCAUCCAGGUGACAAGAUAUUGAUAGCGUUUCAGCUCAAAAUUUGGAACAGUUCCGCAGUCCCUGUACCAUCCGCAAAUAAAGAUGGCUGAGGGAUGUUGAUCUCUGUACAUGAAGGUUUCCAGCAAUGAAAAGUUAAUUUUUGGAGGUUUUCUUGUUGACGAAUUGGUCUUUGUCCCAGCUUAACAUUUUUAAAUAUACCGCUGUAAAAGAAGCAACUUUCUCCAGAAUGUUAUUUACCCUCUAAUGCAGGCUUCCCAUUUCCAGCUUGUGUAGUCUGCCUGUAAACUAGAUAGAAAUGUUAAUUCUCCUCAUUCUACUUUCACAAAGCAUGCAACCAACUGGUGACAACACCUCGUGUGUCUGGCUGCUAGAUAAUUGGAGGCUUUGAGCAUGAGCACAAGGGUGUGAUGUGAUUCCCUUUGCUCCUGUGCUCUGGGUUAAUACCUAGGGUCAAUUGUAUAGUGCGACAGUACGUUGGAAAUUGAGCAGUGAUGAAAGAUUAUCUCAUGCGGAGUUUGACGCAAGGCAAAACCUCAAGUGCUAAAAUGGAGUCUGUUGUGUCAAUGUAGAUAAAGACACAGUAUUAGUAUUAAAUGUGAAAAGUACAGUCCUGAAUGGUUGAAAUCUGUUGUGAGACCCCCAACAUUACUACAUACAACCCUAGAAUCUUUCAUUGCGAAGUCGAGAUUCAUUACGACUAAUCAAGACGUACUGAGCAAAAAGCUGUAGUUUUGCAUCUUAAUUUCAAAGCAUUUUCUGAACUACAACCGAGAGAAUUUAAGGAAUAAUGUACAAAAUUGAGGGCAUAUAACAGUUCUUAGUCUUUUGGCAACCACCUUUAUCCACCCCUAUGCUGAAGUGUAAGGGUGAGGUGCAAGUAUUUUUUAGGAGUUGGUUGGACUGAUCAUUGGCAUUCCAUUCCUCCUCGGGCUUUCAGUAUUUUGCUCAACUGCUGCAGGGUAGUCUUAAGAUAAUUUUCCAAUCCUAAAGUUUUAAGGAGGCUUAUGCUGAGCAAACGUUAAUAAUUUCUGUGAUUCAAGAGGCACUCAUACCGCAGUAUUGACAGUUCUAUCAGUGGGUGUAGUGAGUUUUAGUUCUUUAAGCAAUUUAAAGACUAGAUUGCAGGAUUCGUUAGCUCCCAGGGUGAGCUUGCAUUUUUCACAGUUGUGAUGCUCUGGUGUUUAAUAAAUCCGAAGCAAUUUUUUUUAUUAACGUUGGUAGUUUGAAAUGUUGUGUAGUAAAGACAGGAAAGUGAGAGCCAGGGCGAGCCGAUUGCAAAGUAACUUGGGUUUGGUUUUCGCGGUAUUCAAGUGCCCAGCACGAGGGGAGAUUGUUGAGUUCCACAUGGUACUCUGGAAGAAUUAAAUCCAGUUGCUUGAAUAAUAAAUACACUGAAAUGGGGUGAAAUCAUUCUGUUUAUCUACAAAUUUGCUGUUCAUUUCAUGUCAUGACGCUCGGUAUCCAAUGUUGGCUACAAGGGCUCCUUUCUUGUCACUAGAGUUAAUCUGACAAUUUUGUCUUGAGGCUUUUAAUUUGUUUGAAUCCUGACCCUAACCAUUAAAAUUCUUUGCUCCCCCCUCCUGAAUUUUCAAUCCUUGGUGUAAGCAUUCUUCGAUCCUAGGUUUGUCUUUGUAAGUGGGACAAAGGUAAAGAACUGUUUCUGUGUGGGAAUCCCAACCCAGAUGGUGGAAUAAAUUGACAGAAUGAUGUGGAACCGUGAGUUUUUAAAACGNUUUUUUGCCAGACAGCCUCUAAAGGCCAACAAAAAGAAUGCAGUUUCCUUAACAUGCUGAAAGUGAUGUCUGUUCCCUGAUCCCGUCCCUCAAUAUUCCAUCCACUCCGUUGGUGAAAAGUAAUUCUGGGGCCCUGUUGUGCUCAGUGUAAAAUUGUUCCAUUUUACAGCAAAUCUUACACUGUGGUAAGCCUUUAUUUAAAAGUAACCAACUAUGAACGUAUACUAGCAACAUGAAACUAGAGGCUUGUCUCAUCUUCCAAGUUACUGCAUUAAGAUUAUUUUUUUAAAACUAUAUUCAUAUAUACUUUUGAUAUUGAUUUGAGGGGAAACUCACCUUGUCCCUCGUUGCAGCCGUUAAAUUUAACUUCAGAUUUCGUGUGAACACAAGCUGCCAACAUUAUCUGAAAGACUGUUGAAGCAUAUGACAGACUUCCAGUAUUGAUAUUCAUUACAAAUUUGGCACCAUUACCAUUUUUUUUAAAAGAUUUUUUUUCAAACCGUCUGCUUCUGAGAUGUUAGGUAUUUGGAAACAAAACCGUCUCUAGAAGUGUGUUUUUGUUGUUGUUUGGGCAGGUACCAUAGUACCAUUCGUAAAUCAGAUGUUUUUUGUUGAUAUGUAUGCUGUUGUGACUCUUUAAUAAUAAAAGGAUAAAAAUGAAGAAAAAAAUACUGUCAUAUAAUGUAGAAUACUUUGUCUUCAUUUUACUGCAAGCAUUUGUGAAGGGCUGAUUUAGGUUUCACUAUUCUUAUUAAAAUUUAAGGAAAACUC